AUGUCCACCCCAUUUAUCACACCACCACGGCCACAGAUCAACUUGGAUUCUUCGCCCACACCACACCCCAAGCCCCUCGCGGAUAUUCAGAACGGCUUCGCGGAUGCCGGCGGUCGGCCUCUCCUCGCCGGCGGCACCCGCUGGCCCGAUCCUCACCCGAACGCGUUCCACGUCAUGAACAAUGCUUUGAAGCUAGCAGCCGCAAUCAUUCUGCACCCUAAAGGCCUCGAAAUUGCAUCUCAGAUCAUGUCUGGCUCGAAGCACCCCAACAAGCUCUAUCCCACCGCCAUCCGCCGCGCGUUGUCGUUGGGGACAGUCAUCAUCCUCGUUGACCACUCCAUGGAGCCGACGGUGUUUGGCAGGCACUUGCACGCAAACGUAGACGACAUGGAGGGGGACAUCAAGCACAGGAUCAUCUUCGUAAACCCAUGGAACAUUCAGCGCUUGGUCGAUGCGCAAUUGGCCGCAAAGGAUUGUGCGGACGACUAUCAUCGCCACCUUUUCAUCGCCGCAGUUGGCCUGGCGCAUGAGCUCAUCCAUCUUCUUCGAGCUCAGGUCUACACCAUCCUGCUGCCCUUCGGCAUCAACGUGCCGUUUAUGACCCCUCCUCGCAACGGCAGCGACGAUGAAGGUGGUUGGGCCUUUGAAGAGGAAAUGAUGGGCGGCCACUUUGAGGGUCUCUGGGUUACAGACGACGAACCGGAGGCGUUCGAAGUCACUAUCGGCACGGUUGGUGGGCUGGCCAUUGGUGUCGCGGACCCCGCUCCUGCAAACAUACGCAAGACCUCGCCGUUUGACCAUCUGGCCGUCUCAAACCCCGAUGGAAAGUUGUACAAGGUGCCUGAGACAUGGAUAUCAGAGACAGUGAACUACUUUGAGAAGUACGGCUGCGUAGACAGCAUCGUGUUCCCGCCGACCAUGGACCCCACUCCCCUCCGCCGCGACGAGGUCAAGCGCCUCGGCCUGCACAAGACGCGUCCAUCGUGUGUGAUAUACUGUCGCCCCGGUGUUCCCCAGCCACAUGUUCCCCAGCCACAGUCUACCUGA